UCUUUCAAAAGUUGGUUGACAACAUUGAUAAACUGACACAAAUAUUAUUAAGUUAAUCAAAUGUGCGGCGACAUAUUGUGAAUCAUCCAUAUAAUACGUAAACUGAAAAUUGCAAAAGUUGUGUUCGUAAAUUUUAUAAUAAAAAUAUAUUUUUUUAAAACUUCAUAAAUAUUAUUUUGCAUUCAGACUGAGUUAUUAAUCGAAAACAUAAAAAUGACGAGCGAUGUAUCAGAAGUUGUACAAAACUUGGAAUUACCACCAUUGCGUACCUUAAAUGACUUUAUUUUAGGCUCUGCUCGUUUUCAGCUACCUAAUCUUAAGGACUACGAUAAAUGGGGAAAUCGCGUAGUUAAAAAUCUGCUUUAUUAUCAGACAAAUUAUUUUUUAAUAUUUUUAUCAGUGUACGCACUGAUGAUGGUAUUCAAUCCCCUCAAAAUUAUAUGCGGUCUUUUGGUUCAAGCCAUGGUCAUUGCCAUAGUUUUGCACCUCUUUAGUGGUAAAAAAUGGCUUGUUGGAGUACAACUACGCAACGCAAGCAAUCCAAAUCAAAAAUGGUAUUUCCUAGCCGGUGCGCUUUUAAUCGGCUAUAUGUUGCUGCAUUGGAUUGAUGCAGUUUUGCUAUCAAGUUUCACAUUACUGCUACCAUUUUCUUGUAAGUACCAUGUAAAUUGAAGUAAUAUAAUUAAU